UUUUUUUUUUCCAGUCAUUUAUGCAUUUGAUUACGUUUGUUCAUAGGGGAUCAAAUUACAAAAAAAACAGUAAUUAUUUUCGGAUUAUGUUCAGUAUGAUCAAAUUCAUAUUUGUAGUUUGAUUGAAGGUGUUUAUUAGCUUGAUCGGUUAUUGUAAUUGGUUGGGGAGCUACUAUGACGUGUUCUACUGUACUGAAUUUCGGAAGGUGUAGUUUGCUUCUGCGGUGCAGAUUCAGCUGUGUUUAACUUGACUAUUAUUGGAAGACGAUAUUAUUUCGAAUCCAUUUUUGCUGAAAUUCGUGUAAUUUCGCAUUUAGUGUUGAUAUUUGGAUACUGUGUCGAUUUUUUUCAUAAGCGGAUAGAUCUUGGCGUUGAGCUGGCUAAUUAUGUGUUAAUGGGAUCGAGAUAGUUGGAGUUUCAUGGCAAUGCCGUCGGGAAAUGUGGUGAUACCUGAUAAAAUGCAGCUUCCGAACAGUGGUGGUGGUGGUGGCGGUGGCGGAGAGGUACACCUCCGACAGCAGUGGUUUCCAGAUGAGCGCGACGGAUUCAUCUCCUGGUUACGGGGAGAAUUUGCUGCGGCGAAUGCCAUAAUUGAUUCGUUGUGUCAUCAUUUGCGGUCCGUCGGUGAGCCUGGGGAGUACGAUUUUGUUUUCAGUUGCAUCCAGCAGCGCCGCUGCAACUGGACUCCUGUUCUUCAUAUGCAACAGUAUUUCUCUGUUGCCGAAGUCAUGCUUGCAUUGCAGCAGGCACAAUGGAGGAGACAGCAGAGGCAUUUUGAUCAGAUCAAAGUCACGGAGAAGGAUUUUAAAAACCCCACUUCGUUUGGUGCUGGAUAUAGACAGUGGUAUAGGGCUGAAACUACCAAGGAGAAUCACAAAUCUACUUCAGAUCCUCAUCGUUUUGAUGCGAACGUUUCUGUUCAAUCAGUGAACCCGGAUUCAAAUAAAACUGAAGAAAAACCUGAAAAGAUUGAAACUGUGAAACCGGGGGAUAAGGAUAAGGUUGAGAGAUCAGACGAAAAAGGCUCAGCAAUUGCAGAAGAGAAAGAAGAAUCUGAUAGUGUGACAAAACCUCAGGUAGAUAGCAGCUCAAAUGGUUUAGAAAGGCCAGAAGGUAUGAAAAAUGAAAAUUCAGAAUCAGAGGCAUUGGAUGGAGGGUGCACUUCUAACUCGACUGGAACUAGUGGUGCCCUUCAGAAGAGUGAUGCAGAUGGAAUCCCAAACCAGGAUGAGAAACAGAAUUCCACUCCUAUUCCGAAAACUUUUGUGGGUACUGAGAUGUUUGAUGGGAAGACGGUUAAUGUUGUUGAAGGAUUGAAACUGUAUGAAGAACUCUUUGAUAGCUCGAAAAUUUCAAAGAUUGUUUCACUGGUGAAUGAGUUGAGAGCUACCGGGCAGAAAGGACAGCUCCAAGGGCAGAUGUUUGUGGUCACAAAAAGACCAAUGAAGGGGCGUGGUAGAGAAAUUAUUCAACUGGGCCUCCCUACUGCCGAUGCAUCUCCAGAAGGUGAACAUAUUGUUGGCACCUCCAAAGAUCGGAAGGUAGAAGCUAUUCCAGGUCUGCUGCAGGAUGUAAUAGAUCGCUUGGUUACCUUGCAAAUUGUGAAUGUGAAGCUGGAUUCUUGCAUUGUCGAUUUCUUUAAUGAGGGGGAUCACUCGCAGCCUUUCACAUGUCCACCUUGGCUUGGAAGACCUGUUUGCAUCCUUUUCUUGACAGAAUGUGAAAUGACUUUUGGCAGAGUAAUUGGAAUAGAUCACCCAGGAGAAUAUAGAGGCUGUCUCAAUGUUUCUCUUUCAGCGGGAUCUCUUCUCAUGUUGCAAGGUAGAAGUGCAGAUUUUGCCAAAUACGCAAUCUCGUCUCUUCGCAAGCAGCGGAUACUUCUUACCUUCACAAAGUCUCAACCGAAGAAAACCAUGUCAAGUGAUAGUUUGCGACUUUCCUCAUCCACUGCAACAUCACCGUCCCCUUGGGGGCCAUCACCUUCUAGGCCGUUAAAUCAUGUUCGCCAUCCUGCAGGCCCCAAGCAUUACGGGGUUAUCCCAACAAGUGGGGUAUUACCAGCUCCGCCCAUCCACCCACAACACCUCCCACCUUCUAAUGGCAUGCAGUCUCUGUUUGUGCCAGUCCCAGUGGCACCAGCAGUACCAUAUCCCACCCCAGUUCCACUCCCACCUGCAUCAACCGGAUGGGUCGCUGUUCCUCCAAGGCAUUCUUCGCCUCGACUCCCAGUUCCGGGCACUGGAGUUUUCCUUCCCCCUCCAGGCUCUGGCCAGUCCCCACCUCCUCAAGAAACUCAACAGCAAACACCAGCAACUGCCACUGAAGUGAACUGUGCAGUGGAAAAGGCUUCUCCAAAAGAGAAUGAGAACGUUUUGGAUAGAUCCAAUAGUAAUAGCAAUGCUUCUCCCGAAGGUAAACUGGAGGGGAAAGUUAAGAGCUAGGAAUGCAAUGCAAACGUGGGAGGCACUGUUGGUGGGAGGAAGGGUAGUGGGGAAAGGAAGAACAACAACAGAGUGGUAAUCUUAAGAAGGCUGCAAACAAGCCAACAGAAGCAAUUGAGUGGAGAGAGAGAGAGAGAAAAGCAAAGGAAACGGUAGGCUACAAACUACAAAUGAGUUGGGGGCAAUUGUAAAGAGCGGCAGAGAGAAAAAGGAUUGGGCUGGAUUUGAUUGGGAACUUUUCUUGAUUUUUCCUAUUGGGGAGGAAGGCUAUUGAAACUUUUAGUUCUCUGGAUUCCCCGGUGUUCCUCCCUUAUUUUUGGCAACUUGAGAAUGACACUCAUCUUCUUGUUAGUGUUAUAUGAACUCUUACCCUGCACAAGGAAUCCAUUAUCAAGUCGCGGCAACAAUUCUUUA